AGCGUUUGUAGAGGUAGCACGUGGCGGCAGCAUUUUCCAGGCAGAUGCGACUUUUGGAUCUUUUGCUCCUGGGGGCUGCCACGUAUGUGGACUGCCACAAUGCCGCUCACAGCCACGAUGGCACAGGGCCAGAGGUGAACACCAAAUACCGGAAGUUUAUUCCUCAAAAGUACAGGGACUAUGUGCCUGAGAUGGACGAGAAUGGCGUGGAGUACCAGAAAUACAUGCAGGGGAUGCCAGCCGCUGAGAAGUUUCAAGACAAGGUUGUUCCGCAGGACAUCAACAGCAAGUACGUCCCGUUGUCCGGCAAGGGCAACAAUGACGAUGAAGCUCCAGCUUUGAUGCUCGCGGCUGCUGACAGCAAGAAGGACAGCGGCAAGGAUUCCCACGACAAGGGACACUCAGAGCACUCCGAACACACUGAGCAUUCGGAGCACUCAGAUUCCAACAUGGGAGAUUUCCAGAAGUACCUGCGUUCACCCAAGCCGGGCCCUGUGGUGAACAGGAAGUAUGAGAAGUUCAUUCCUGACAAGUACAGGGACUAUGUGCCUGAGAUGGACGAGAAUGGCGUGAAGUACCAGAAAUACAUGCAGGGGAUGCCAGCCGCUGAGAAGUUUCAAGACAAGGUUGUUCCGCAGGACAUCAACAGCAAGUACGUCCCGUUGUCCGGCAAGGGCAAGGAUGACGAUGAAGCUCCAGCUUUGAUGAUGGCGGCUGCUGACAGCAAGAAGAACACCGGCAAAGAUUCCCACGACAAGGGACACUCUGAGCACUCCGAACACUCUGAGCAUUCGGAACACUCAGAUUCCAACAUGGGAGAUUUCCAGAAGUACCUGCGUUCACCCAAGCCGGGCCCUGUAGUGAACAGGAAGUAUGAGAAGUUCAUUCCUGACAAGUACAGGGACUAUGUGCCUGAGAUGGACGAGAAUGGCUUGAAGUACCAGAAAUACAUGCAGGGGAUGCCAGCCGCUGAGAAGUUUCAAGGCAAGGUUGUUCCGCAGGACAUCAACAGCAAGUACGUCCCGUUGUCCGGCAAGGGCAAGGAUGAUGAAGCUCCAGCUUUGAUGAUGGCGGCUGCUGACAGCAAGAAGAACAGCGGCAAAGAUUCCCACGACAAGGGACACUCUGAGCACUCCGAACACUCUGAGCAUUCGGAGCACUCAGAUUCCAACAUGGGAGAUUUCCAGAAGUACCUGCGUUCACCCAAGCCGGGCCCUGUAGUGAACAGGAAGUAUGAGAAGUUCAUUCCUGACAAGUACAGGGACUAUGUGCCUGAGAUGGACGAGAAUGGCGUGAAGUACCAGAAAUACAUGCAGGGGAUGCCAGCCGCUGAGAAGUUUCAAGGCAAGGUUGUUCCGCAGGACAUCAACAGCAAGUACGUCCCGUUGUCCGGCAAGGGCAAGGAUGACGAUGAAGCUCCAGCUUUGAUGAUGGCGGCUGCUGACAGCAAGAAGGACAGCGACAAAGAUCCCCACGGCAAGGGGGAGCACUCUGAGCAUUCGGAGCACUCAGAUUCCAACAUGGGAGAUUUCCAGAAGUACCUGCGUUCACCCAAGCCGGGCCCUGUGGUGAACAGGAAGUAUGAGAAGUUCAUUCCUGACAAGUACAGAGACUAUGUGCCUGAGAUGGACGAGAAUGGCGUGAAGUACCAGAAAUACAUGCAGGGGAUGCCAGCCGCUGAGAAGUUUCAAGCCAAGGUUGUUCCGCAGGACAUCAACAGCAAGUACGUCCCGUUGUCCGACAAGGGCAAGGAUGACGAUGAAGCUCCAGCUUUGAUGAUGGCGGCUGCUGACAGCAAGAAGAACACCGGCAAAGAUUCCCACGACAAGGGACACUCUGAGCACUCCGAACACUCUGAGCAUUCGGAACACUCAGAUUCCAACAUGGGAGAUUUCCAGAAGUACCUGCGUUCACCCAAGCCGGGCCCUGUAGUGAACCGGAAGUAUGAGAAGUUCAUUCCUGACAAGUACAGGGACUAUGUGCCUGAGAUGGACGAGAAUGGCGUGAAGUACCAGAAAUACAUGCAGGGGAUGCCAGCCGCUGAGAAGUUUCAAGACAAGGUUGUUCCGCAGGACAUCAACAGCAAGUACGUCCCGUUGUCCGGCAAGGGCAAGGAUGACGAUGAAGCUCCAGCUUUGAUGAUGGCGGCUGCUGACAGCAAGAAGAACACCGGCAAAGAUUCCCACGACAAGGGACACUCUGAGCACUCCGAACACUCUGAGCAUUCGGAGCACUCAGAUUCCAACAUGGGAGAUUUCCAGAAGUACCUGCGUUCACCCAAGCCGGGCCCUGUAGUGAACAGGAAGUAUGAGAAGUUCAUUCCUGACAAGUACAGAGACUAUGUGCCUGAGAUGGACGAGAAUGGCGUGAAGUACCAGAAAUACAUGCAGGGGAUGCCAGCCGCUGAGAAGUUUCAAGACAAGGUUGUUCCGCAGGACAUCAGCAGCAAGUACGUCCCGUUGUCCGGCAAGGGCAAGGAUGACGAUGAAGCUCCAGCUUUGAUGAUGGCGGCUGCUGACAGCAAGAAGGAGUUGUUGGGCUCCUGGCCGCGAGUCGCUAUUCCCGCCGCCGGAGCUGCCCUUGCUGUUCUUGUGGUCGUAUUCAGGAUAAGCCACCUUCGAAAGGUGCUUCAAUGACGCAACCUCGCAGUGGCAGCAACUCGGUGGCCAUCGAGAAGGUUGACUGCUUCGUCGGCUCCCAAACGCGGCCUGCGCUUGUGUAACAUGAAGACCUCCGUCUGACGACCGCUGCUGAGGCGCCCGGCUCCAGCUCACGGCCUGCAGGAGCCUUUAACGGCAGAUGUGUAGGUGACUCGCACGAGCCCGCGGCGCCGUGUGCGUGUUGCGUUUGUUGGCGGCUUGGUCACGAAUGGGUAAGCAGAGGAGUUCGGUGUUCAUGUUUGGGAAGAUGCGUGCUUGCUGUUUCGGGGCGCCCAGCUUGAGUCACAAAGAUUCGAAUGGACAGCGCUUGCUGCCCUUUGUCGCAGCCAAAGUACCACUCUCUUGACCUGGGGGCAACACUCAAAACAGAGUUGCUUGCUGCCUCCGGGAAACAUAGAUGG